AUGAUCUAUACAAAGGAUAGAUUCGUUUCGGUUCCAUUAUGUUUAAUUGUGGAUAUGAUUGAGAAUGCAUUCGGGAUUCGAUCUACAAUAACAGCUGCCACUGACACUGAACUAGAAGAUACAAUCGCAACAUCUAGCAAUACAGAUGAUCUAGAAAACGAAAAAGCAUCGUCUCAGUUUGAAAAUCCACCAUCAUGCAUCAUAUGUGAUCUCGACCACGAUUAUAUCGUUUCAAAUCUACUUCAUCAAACAGAAUCCAGUGAUACAGACGAUUGGAAAAUCGAUACUGAAUCAUUUAAAAUAAGAGAUAAAGUUUUUGCUGAAGGAGCAAUUCUUUCAAAUCCUAUUACUGAAUUAACGAUUGGUUUAUUAACAACAGUUCUUGUUCAAAGUUCAUCAACAUCAACAUCAAUUGUUAUAUCAAUGGUUUCAUCUUCCAGUAAAAUAAGAGAUAAAGUUUUUGCUGAAGGAGCAAUUCUUUCAAAUCCUAUUACUGAAUUAAUGAUUGGUUUAUUAACAACAGUUCUUGUUCAAAGUUCAUCAACAUCAACAUCAAUUGUUAUAUCAAUGGGAAAACGUGAAGAAUUUUGUCUUGCAUUUACUGGUGCAACUGUUCAUGAUAUGUUUAAUUGGUUAACAGUACUUAUUUUAUUACUAAUUGAAAUAACUUCAAACAUGUUAUAUCAUUUAACUAACCCAAUAACAAAAUCAAUAAACUUAAAACGAAAUCCCAAUUCUAAUCCACAGUUUCUUACUGUUAUAACAAAAUCAUUAACAGAACGAAUUGUUCAAGUAUGUUAUUUUAGAUAA